GUAAACGGAAGGAAUGGCAUAUUCUGCAAGGAAAAUGUAACAGGAUUGGAUUUGGAUGUUUCUUAUUUUCCAUUCAGAUGUGAAUUUUAUGAUUGAAUCACAAUGGGAGAGAAUCGUGAGAUACAGAAGGGAGUAUGGGAGGGGCGUAUCCCCGUUGUCUUCAAUCUCUCAGAGGAUGACACAGAGAGUGAACACCCAGAUCCUGUUUAUCUGAUGGUACCUAGGAUAAGUUAUUUCCCUUUGCACACAGAGAAGAUAAACAAACAUUUCUUAAAGUUUGUCAAUGAGGAACAGGCAGAAGAAAUGUGGUUAGAGCAUGACAAUCAACCUCUAAAAUGGCACUAUCCUGUUGGAUUGUUGUUUGACCUUUAUGGUUCAGAGAACACCCUCCCAUGGAAUAUUACAAUCCAUUUUAAGGAUUUUCCAGAAGAGGAACUUCUCCAUUGUACCAGCAAGGAUACAGUAGAGUCACAUUUUAUGUCCAGCAUUAAGGAGGCGGAUUCACUAAAACAUCGCGGACAGGUUAUAAAUAGCAUGCAGAAAAGGGACCACAAACAGCUUUGGGCAGGAUUAUUGCAUGAUAAAUUUGAUCAGUUUUGGUCUGUGAACAAGAAACUGAUGGAGUCAAGUGGAGAAGAUACAUUUAAAUACAUUCCUUACAGAAUAUAUAUGGUAGACAGACAUUACAUCACUAGUUUGUUUCGCCCGUUUACCGAGGAGGGGCACCCACAAACUCUCAAACAUCUCCUGCUUGCAGCUGUGCCACAGUUCUUCACUGAAGAUGAAGAAUUUCAAAAACGCAUCAAAAUCCAUGGUACAGAGCCAUCACUGGAAACACCAGCCCUGUGGUUGUCUGAAAAUUUCAGCUACCCAGACAAUUUUCUACAUAUGUGCAUUUUAGAGAAAUGAAGCUACUGUGAUAAAAGAAUUAUGAGUAUAAACAGUCAAAAUAUCUAGUAAAGUGUAUGUAGUGGUGUUGUUCAGCGAAGUCUACAAGUGAUAUACACAAGAAGCUGAUGGUACAUACAUGCUGGCACAUAACAAGAAUUCAUGUACUUGCUUUGUUCUGCAUAGAUUCAUUAUUUGAACAAGAAAUGGAAGUACAGUCUCAAGAUAAUUUACUAAUGAUGCAAAUAUGUAUAUGGCACUUGUGCAAUAAAUUCUUUUCAAUGUUUUGAGCAUC